GUACUCAUACUGGUGCGCUUCCUCCCUGCACUGCGCAGACAGCUGGUGGUGCAGAUGAAGACCAUUGACAAGGUGGCAGCCUUCUGCAUGCUGCUCAUGCUUUUCAUCUUCACAUUCAGCAUUCUUGGAAUGCAUCUGUUUGGAUGCAAAUUCAGCAUGAAGACGGAGGAUGGAGACACCAUUCCUGACAGGAAAACCUUUGAUUCCCUGCUGUGGGCCAUUGUCACUGUGUUUCAGAUUCUGACCCAGGAAGUGAACGUGGUCCUCUAUAAUGGAAUGGCCUCCACCUCCCCAUGGGCGGCUCUUUACUUUGUGGCUCUGAUGACUUUUGGGAAUUAUGUCCUCUUUAACCUGCUUGUGGCCAUCUUAGUGGAGGGGUUUCAGGCAGAGAGUUUCUGUCUCCGUCUCAGGAGAACUUUGGAAGCAUAUAAACCUAAGUGCUGUAAAGAUCAUGAGGACUGGUCCCUUUAUCUGUUCUCGCCUCAGAACAAGUUUCGGAUGAUUUGUCAGAGGUUAAUUUCUCACAAAAUGUUUGAUCAUGUAGUUUUGGUAUUCAUCUUCUUAAACUGCAUCACUAUUGCUCUGGAAAGACCCACUAUACAGCCACCUGAGCGAAUGUUUCUCAGUAUAUCCAAUUAUGUUUUCACUGUGAUUUUCGUUGCUGAAAUGACCGUGAAGGUGGUGGCCCUUGGCUUCUGCUCCGGGAAGCACAGUUAUCUGCAGAGCACCUGGAAUGUUCUGGAUGGGGUGCUGGUCUUUGUCUCUCUCAUUGACAUUCUGGUCUCUCUGGCUUCCACUGGUGGAAACCGAAUCCUUGGCAUCCUGAGGGUUCUUCGCCUGCUGAGAACUCUGCGGCCACUAAGAGUGAUUAGUCGUGCUCCUGGACUGAAGCUGGUGGUGGAAACGCUAAUAACGUCCCUGAGGCCCACUGGGAACAUUGUGCUGAUCUGCUGUGCCUUCUUUAUUGUCUUUGGCAUUCUUGGAGUUCAGUUUUACCAUUGUGAAGGUGCUGACACCAAAAACAUCACCAAUAUGGUCGAAUGUAAAGAUAAAGGUUACAAAUGGAUUCGGAGAAAGUACAACUUUGACAACUUGGGACAGGCUCUCAUGUCUCUGUUCGUGUUUUCCUGUAAGGACGGAUGGGUCAAUAUAAUGUAUGACGGGUUGGACGCUGUCGGGGUGAACCAGCAGCCUGUGAGCAAUCACAACCCCUGGAUGCUCCUCUACUUCAUCUCUUUCCUGCUGAUCAUCAGCUUUUUUGUGCUGAGUAUGUUUGACGGAGUGGUGGUGGAGAACUUCCACAAGUGUCGUCAGGACCAGGAGGAAGAGGAGGCGCGUAUGCGUGAGGAGAAGAGGCAGAAACUGCUGGAGAAAAAGCGCAUAAAGGCCCAGCAGAGACUGUACUAUGCAGAUUACUCUCCAGCCCGGCUCUACAUCCACACACUGUGUACCAACCACUACCUGGACCUCUUCAUUACUGGCAUCAUCUGCAUCAAUGUAGUCACUAUGUCAAUUGAGCAUUUCAAUCAGCCACCGUACCUUGAAGAGGCAUUGAAAUACUGUAACUAUGUCUUUACUGUCAUCUUCAUAAUUGAGGCUUUGCUCAAACUUGUCGCAUUUGGUUUUCGGAGAAUCUUCAACGACAGAUGGAACCAGCUGGAUCUAGCCAUAGUCCUGCUCUCUAUCAUGGGCAUCACACUGGAGGAGGUCAAGAUGAAUGCAGCGCUGCCAAUCAACCCCACCAUCAUCUGCAUUAUGAGGGUGCUGAGAAUAGCUAGAGUAAUGAAGCUUUUGAAGAUGGCUACAGGCAUGAGAGCCCUGCUUUACACAGUAAUGCAAGCUUUACCACAGGUGGGAAAUCUGGGCUUGCUGUUUAUGCUCCUCUUCUUCAUUUACGCGGCACUUGGCGUGGAGAUUUUUGGGAAACUAGAAUGCACUGACGAAAACCCAUGUGAAGGAUUAAGUCGACAUGCUACGUUUGAGAACUUUGGAAUGGACUUUUUAUCGAUUCCAUCGACGUGCAAAGUUUUGAAUCCAAGGACAAUCUUGAAAGACAGGCAGGGAUAACCACAGGCUUCAAGCUGCAUGUUCCUCGUAUCGACGGCCCCAGCAUCCCUCAGGCGUCACCCUUGCUUCCCCCACAUGGACAAUUACCCAGUGUCCGCACCUUCCAGCUGUCCCAUAGCCAGCACAAUAUCCAUUCUCGACCUCCCAGCCUGGCCAGCAGCAGCAGAAGCACCAGCCCCAGUGGCUCCAUGUUUGACUCCGCUGAUCCGACCGACAAGGAGGUCCGCCACAUCGACAGUACAGCGCGGCUGUGGGCAGGGGUCCAGGCAGAAGCACGGAGUCACUCCCUCUCUCCUUACGCCACCUCAGGGACGCUGCUUCCCAUGCUCAUGAAGAACUGCAGCAGUGCUGCCGACUUAGGCGAGUUAAGCAUCAAAGACCCGAAGAAGUGCUUCAGUGUGGACACUAAGGGUUUUCUGGAAAAACCCCACGGUACCGAUGACCAUCGCAGGCACUCAAUUGAGAUUUGCUCUUCAGUAGAUGAUGGGCUGUUUGGUCAAGAACUCAGCGAAAAGAGGCACGUUCCUACGCGCAGACAGUCGUUGCACAUUCCCCGGAAGAAAAAGAUGAGCCCUCUGUAGCGCCCCCUUCCUCUAACUGGGAAUUUUAUGGGUGACGCCCUGGUUCUUUAACCCCUUAACCAGCGCCCACCUUUUUGAGUAUUUAUAUGAAAAUGCACUAUCCAAACUUUAAUGUUUAUAAUUCAAGAAUGCUUUGGAAUACAUUGGUAACAUUGGUCUUGUUUUAAAGAAGACUCAGUAGGUUGUAGCUGAAGUGAAACCACUUCAAAAAAUUAAAGUAUGAAAAGGUUAUAAAAGUUUACUGUAAAUCAAAUGUACUGUAUUAAACAUUUUAUAUUUUAUGUAAAAUAUAUAUUUCACAGAAUGUGUGUUUGAUGCAUCCAAAAUGGCCGAUAUUCAUAUGAAUGCAUUUUUAUUAAUAUUUAUGUUAAUAAUUUAUGGCUGAUGAUUUAUCAGUUUUACUUUUGCUUUCAUAUAUUCAUGUACUCCUACUUUAUAUAUUUAUUCUUAUCAUAUUUUCAAGUAUUUACUUGUUAUUGUACCCUUAUGAUCAUUCUUCUUUUAUAUUUAAGAGUAUGUAUACUCGUUAUAUUCAUGUCUUUAUUCAUGUCUUUCAUGACAGAGUAACUCGUGUCUGGAUUGUUGGAAGUUCAAUUAUUCAAAGGCUGUAUGCUCACAUCUGUGAGCAGGGGCUCGCCAGGAGCCUUGGCCUUCGCUGCAGUAUAACAUGGGAGGGCAAAGUAGGCAGACUCUGGGAGCAGUUGCUUCCAGUGCUGCGGUCUCUCAGAGCCAAAGCUCCAGCUCCCGACAUCUUGAUUAUUCACCUCGGUGGAAACAGCGUAUGUUGGGAGGGCCGCAACCGCCUGGAUUUCCUUCGGGAAAUGCAGACGGACCUGGCUGAAGUCUUCAGGAUGCUAACCAGAACCAGGCUUCUCUUUUCGUCCAUUCUGCCCCGACAGAACUAGCGAGGCCAGACUGCUAGGUCUGCAUACGGCAUUGAACGGAGCCGGCGUUGGCUCAACAGUAUGAUUGCAGGCUUCCUGGCAAAAAGACGGAUGCGCUGCGUUCGUCACUCGAAGUGGUCAGUGCUUUUUCCUUCUCAUGGAAAAAGAAAGGAGACAGGGUUCCAACUCUUUUUCAGCGAUCAUUUUCCAAGACAUUUUCAAUUUUACAACAAUGGGAAUAAAAGACCGGCAUUACGACCAAAAGAAGUUUUGUAAGAUCAUUAUCUUUGCAAGGUGGACUUUUCAGGAUAAGAGAUGGACUAAAAAUAAACUCCAACACCUUACAGCUAGAUUCCGGAAGAUAAAUUCUUCAAACAGUGGUACAAGAGGUUGUGGUGCUGGUCCUUCAAGAGUCACUCUCAAUCUGUCUGUCUAUAAAGCCUAUAAAAAAUCUGUCUUCUUGUAUUUUCCUACAAUUCUGUAUGUGAUUCUUAAACGGGGGGCAUUUUUUAGGAAUCUUUACCAAAUCUAAGUAGUGCUUCAAUGGCGUGUCGACGUCAUCGAUUACGUCGACUUCGAAAAUACGUUGACGUGCGUGAAAUGCGUCAACCCGUCACAUUGUUUACAUUCAUCUCGCGUAAUGGCGGCUUCUGCUCCUGGGAAUGGAGAAAGUUCUAUUCUAACACAAAAACAUAGACCACAAUUAUCAAAAGUAUGGGAAUACUUUAAACAGAGGCCAAAUAAAAUGGUCCUUUGUCCCCUUUGCAAAACCGAGAUGGCGUACCAUGGCAGCACAACCGCGAUGCACGAGCACUAGGGGUGUGACGCGAGAUUAAAAUGUGACGAGAUUUCUCAUCGAGGCAAAAAGUAGUCUCGUGAUGUUGCCAUGACAGAGUGUUAGGAUGAUUAGGAAAGAA